GAGGCUGAUUGUCAGUUCGAGGAUGAUAUUGUAAGGUGUAAUUCAAUGGUUGCUCUGCGUGCGUUGGAAGUACGUACGUAAAUCCAGCUGCAGGGUCAUCCUCACGAAAAGGAAACAACGUGUUAACCUAACUGUGACUUUUAACCGAGUACUAACUACUAAGACGCUUGGCGAUGUCGGACUAUUAUACUAGUGGGUAAGUCGUGUUUUCAUCUUCUUCCCAUCUUUCUUUCUUCCUCCUACUACAUAGAAUACAAUCCUAAUAUAACUAAUCGCUUCCCCAGCCACGACCACGUCCGUCGUCCAUCCUCACUCACAUCUCACGCACAAUCAGCCUACUCACUCGCACCUUCCACCAGGCCCAUCCUUGCAAAAAUGCAGCUUCCCCUCGAACCCCCAUCCCCACCAAAGUUCGCCUUAGACGAGCCCCCUUCAGCCCCCCCAUCUCCUCGCGCAGACACCCCCACACUCUCCCUCAGCGUCAACUACCUCCCUUCCAAGUUCUCUUCUGGCUUGCUCUCUCCUACCCCACGCAAACGCAAACCCAGAAAAGAAAAUGUUGACCAUCUCGCCAUGCCAAAGAGAGGCGGCGGUAGGGAGGCCUUCAAGAGCGGUGAAUCCCGUAUGCCCGCAGAAGGCGACGAAGACUACGACGGCGUCACCGGUCGUUGGUUCGGUGGCAAAGAAGGCGGUCACACCCGUCCCCGCAUGCAUUGGAACAGAUUCAAAUGGGCUCUCCUAAUCACCAAUCUCUGCUUAAGCGCAUACGCCCUAACAGGCCUCAUAUUCUGUCUCCUAACCUGGUUCGAUGUAUUCGAACACGCUGAUAUCAUCCGCGUAGGAAACCGCACGGAACUCAUAUUCAGCACAGCUGCCUCAGCCCUCGCAGCAGUCACAAGCAUCAUCGGAUGGGCAGGUAUCCUCCUUAACAACCGCUCCUUCCUUGCUCUCUACACAUUCGCUCUCUGGCUCUGCUUCGCACUCCUCGUAACACCAGGAUACAUCACCUACAAACAACGCACCUUUAACCUCGAAGGCAAACUCAACGCUCAAUGGUCUCGUGUCCUCGGCGCAGAAGGCCGUCUGCGCAUCCAGAACAAACUCCAUUGCUGCGGGUAUUACUCCCCAUUCGUCGAAGCUACAAUUUCUCAAACAUGCUACGCCCGCUCCGUCCUCCCGGGGUGCAAAGAAGCAUAUGUCAACUUUGAGAAACACGCCUUGACAAUCUGGUACACCAUCGCUUUCGCCCUCGUCCCCCUCCAACUCGUAAUCAUGCUCACAGGUCUCUUGUGUUCUAACCACGUGACUUAUCGCUUUGGAAAAGGCAUGAUGCCAAAGGCUUAUAGGUUGAGUACGGAGAGUAUGGCUGUUAUUAUGGAUAAUUAUGCCAAUCAAUUGGCAGAACAAUACGGCUCCGAACUCGCAGCUGACAUCUUGGCGCGGUCCAAGCUGACUAUGAACGCUGACUCUUCGCACGAUUCGUCACCGAGGGAGUCUGGGUGAGGGACGACGGACUGACGGACGGACUGACUGUUUUUCUCUUUCUUCUCCCCAAUCCAACCAACUAUUUUCGUUGAUUUGCUAGCAUAUGCCUACCACUCCACGCUCUCGCUUUCCUACUUACCCCGAUGGCUCUAAUCGUGCCGCCGCCUGGUGCCGACGUACUUACAUACUACAGUCUCGUUCUCAUUCAUUCUUGCUAUGCUUCGUACGCGUACGUGCAGCUUCCAGUCUUUACAUACACAAUCAAUCAACAACUAUUCUCGUAUCGCCCGAUGAGCGAAGUUAUUCGAAUGAA